GUCACGGUUUGUUGUUUUGUGUAUAUUUUGAAGUGUUUAAUUGUUGCAUUCGGUUUCACUGGUUAAAUAAAUAUGUGGAACUACGAAAACGCUGCAUCUUGGUCCGCUCCUUCUAACAGCUGUGACAGGCAUCUCGGAACUCACAACUCGUUGGUCCUUGUCACGGAUAGACUAUUGCAGCAGACCACCACACCGGGUUCCACUCCUAUCAGCUAAAAACAGGAAGAAGCAGCACCAGUGGGCACGCGAUCACCAACACUGGACAAUUGAGGAGUGGAAAAACAUUGCCUGGUCCAAUGAAUUCCGUCUCCUUUUGCGAUGGCUGAGUCAGGAUUUGGCGUAAGCAGCAUGAGUCCAUGGCCCCAUCCUGCCUGGUGUCAAUGGUACAGGCUAGUGGCGGAGGAGUAAUGGUGUAGGGAAUGUUUUCCUGGCACACGUUAGGUCCCUUGAUACCAAUUGAGCUAUGUUUCCAUGCCCCGAAGAAUUCGGGCUGUUCUGGAGGCAAAGGGGGGUCCGACGAGGUACUAGAUUGGUGUAUCUAAUAAACUGGCCACCGAGUGUAUAUGAGCAUGAAAAUAAUCGAAGUUUAUGUGUUUUUAGAUAAUUGAUGUGCAAGGCCCAGGUUGGAAUAAUAUUGUGAAAAUCAUGAUAAUGCGAUUUUUGGUGUAAGAGCUGUUUGAAAAGCGCCAGAAAUGUCUGCCUGUUUGGUCAGAGGGAGUUUUGGCCUUCCAUGGGGUAAAUUAGUUAAUUGACCAAUAAGAAAGACGCUUCCAAACCUCUCUGCCAAGAACAGCUCAUUUUCAUUUUCCCCCUCCCACCCAAACCACUCCUACACAGUCCUAGCUACAUUCUUGCUUGAGAAAUUGCUCUUUGCUAAGAAGCUAUUUUUGUUUCUUUUGCACCAUUUUAAUUGAAAACACUAAGGUAUAUAUUUGUUACCUAGAUAUUAUUUGAUAUUGGGAUAAAAACGGCUGCAUUGGAGCUUUAAAUGUACAAACAUUAUAAAAUAGUUUGACAACCCUGUUUGUAAGCUUUCAAAUGAUAUCAAACUCAACAUUUGAUCUUUUCCAGUGAUAAAGACAUGGAUGUCUCAUGGUAAGGUGGGGUAAUGCUAAAUGUGUCAACUUUGAGAACCUCUAUCUCCUGAAUGUUUUGGCAUUCAGGUCCAAAUGUCCCUUUCUGACCACUUCUACAAGGGGCAAACUUGUAUGGAAGGUUUCAUUCAAAUCAAAAGGGGUGCAGUCAGAAAGUGAUUGAAAUCAUGUGGAAUGACCCUAUUACCACCAGUACUGAUAUGCUGCAAGUCUUGUCCUUAUGUGCUUCUGAUAGUGUCCAGCAGGAGAGACCAGUCUCCCCGGGACCCAGCUGUGUGUCCCUAAAGAGUGACAAGUCUAUGGGUCAUCCAAUAGAGUUCAGUAAGGAUAAGCAAAGGGUCCAGCAGGAGACUCCAGACUCAUCUGUACCCAGCGGUGUAUCCUUCAAAAGUGACAAGUCAAUGGGUCAUCCACCAGAGUUCAGCCAGGAAGAUGUUUCUACUGAUCAAAGUGUCCAGUCUCCCCAGAGUCAUCAAAUGGACCUGUCCUCCAUAUUGAAGUUGGUCGAAGCUAACAUAAUCACUUUUAUGAAGAGUGAGUUGAAGAGGUUCGAGAGGCUUCUGAGUCCAGGCUCUGAGAGUCAGGGAGAAGAUGAGGAAGUGGUGGACGGUGAAGAUGAGGAGAAGCAGAGGAGUGCCAGAGAGGCGGCUCUAAAGAUCACGCUGCACGUCCUGAUGAACAUGGAUCAGAAGGAGCUCGCUGACACACUGGAGAAAACUUCAGCUGUCAGCUCAAAUCCCUCCCACCUGAGAGAGUUGGACCUGAGCUACAAUAACCCUGGAGACUCAGGGAAACUGCUCUCUUCUCUACUGGAGGAUCCACACUAUAAACUGCAGACACUCAGUGUGGACCAUGAUUCAGAGUGCUGGUUAAAAUCAGCACUGAGAAAAUAUGCCUGUGAGCUCACACCAGACCUCAACACCAUACACCCUCAACUGUACCUGACUCAGGGGAACAGGAAGCUGGUGCAUGACUCCAAAGGACAUCAGAACAACUAUCCUGAGCACCCAGAGAGGUUUGACCAGUGGACUCAGAUGCUGUGUAGAGAGCCUCUUUCUGGGCGCUGCUACUGGGAGGCAGAGUGGGAGGGUUAUGGGGCUUAUGUAGGGCUGACAUAUAGAAGACUUGUUAGGAAAGGAGGGAAUAAUGACUGUGCGAUUGGUUACAAUGACAUGUCCUGGAGUUUGUACUGCAAUGACAAGUCCUAUGAUGCCUUUCAUAACAUAAAGAGCACCCCCAUCCUUUUACCGUCCUCCAGCUCCCGCAGAGUAGGAGUGUAUCUGGAUUGGCAAGGUGCUACCCUGUCCUUCUACAGUGUUUCCUCUGACACACUGACCCACCUGCACACAUUCCACGCCACAUUCACUGAGCCACUUUAUGUGGUGCUAUGGCCUUGGCUUGACUCAGCUAUUACCCUGUGCAGAGUAAGACAGUUCUGAGUCCUCAGGACCCCCAUCCUUUUACCUCCUGCUCCAGCACACAUAUUCUAGUCCUGUUUAUACCUGGAGCUAUAACAUAGCUUCGUCCUGAUCUUGUCCACAUUCUGAUUGUGCCCACAUUUUUAGACAGUUGUAGACAAUCAAAAAACCCAUGAUCUGAUUGUGAUCAGAUCUUCCUUCCCACCUCCGGAGGCAGUCAGGCACCCAUUGUGUCUGAAUAUCUUUACAAGUGUAGAUGGAUCUGGACAGUAAAACCAUUUAAAUCAUCAUCAUCCCACCCUCUAAAUCAGCCCCCCCUUUCGAAGGCCCUCGGAUCAAUUCCCCCCCCCCCAAUUUUUUUUAUAAAUAACCUAAUGAACUCAGUCGGGUUCUCAACUUACUGUCGAAUAGUAGAAUACAAAAGAGGCAAUUUCAAAAUAAUUUGCAUACAAGAAGGGACGAGGAAAUAUGGUCCCAAUGCCGACACAGUGGACGGAUGAGACACAUUUUACUACCAUGUGUAGAUGCAUAUCUGACAAAGUGGGCACAAUCUGAAAGUGGACAAGGACUUGUUUGGACAUGGACACAGCCUGACUUCAGGACUCUAAAUCAGUGGGAGUCAUUUUUUCCCUCUGUGUUUUUAGUGUAAAUAGCCUUAAGAAAUGCUGCAGGAAAAAUAUAAAUGUUUAGUCAUUUGUAAUUGUUAUUAUAUUAUUGUGGUUUGUCUUUCUGCCCUUUGAAAUGUGUUAUCCAACAUGUUCAUGUAUGGUGUGAGUAGCCUUAUUAGAAAACAAAAUAGAAUCGAUCAAUAAGUG